CGAACAACACACUGUCACUUCAAACGCUAGCCGUCAGACGCUUUUAGACAUUCCUGCCUUUUUCUUCGAAUGCAGAACGCACUUUGGGUCCACUCGUUCUGCCUGGUAGUGUCUCGUCUCGUCUUAUUUCCCCUUUUUAAUGUGCAUCGAGAUGUCCGCGUCGCAGGGUGGAUAAACAAAGCCGCAAACUACACGUGUAUGAGUGAGUUUCAAACCAUUGUAGGUCUGUAUGUUAUGCAUCUUACUGCGAGACGUUAGUGUGCUAAACCACACAGUUCCAGUUCCAGUUAGUAGUUCUUCUUUGCAUGGCGUGGUCUCGAGAUGCAUUGAGAGAGAGCUCCGGCAGAUUGCAGCACGGGGAUGACGCCGACUGAGUGAGGCUGCUGUCGACUCUCGGGCCGCCGGGGAGUAACACUGAAGACGACCGGUCAAAGCAAGCAGCAAGAAAGUCCGCUUUGUUGUCCUUCUGCAUUUGAUUCGGCAAAGGGGAUAGUUUACCUCUGACCUCUCGAGGGUCCAUUUUUUUUUUUUCAAAGAUGGAGGGUGUGGAUACCCUGCAGAGCUCCACCCUCGAGACCAAAGCCGACCGGAUCGCCCGCUACAAAGCGGAGCGGAGGAAGGCGCUGGCGGAGCGCUAUGGCAACAUGGAGGACUGCACGCCCAAAUACCCCCGCCGGGAACGGAAGGCACCCGAGCCGUCAGAGAUGCCCUUCUCGACGGGCAAGGACGCGGAGAAGCUGGAGAUCAGCGAAUCGGAGCAGAGCUACAGCAGGAGCGCCCACCGGGGGAAAGCGACGGAGCCGGUGGAUCAGGGAAGCAGUGGGUCCUCCGAGGACACAGGGGGCAGCACUGAGGGGAAACCUGAAGGGCAUUUAAGCUGUCAAUCGGAGACGACCAAGAGCAUCAGGAUUUCAUCUCAUAGCAGACUUCUAAAUGCGGUCGAAUCAGAGGAACCAAAAGUUGAAAAGAAGCCUGCUGAUCCGGCCAAGAUGAGCGUCGCGUCCAAAAAGUCAACUGAUAAGAUGGAGGAUGAGAGCGAUGGUCACCGUGCCAACGACCAGGUGCAUCUGCAGCCAAUCGAAUUGGAGCAAAGUACAGCGUGUACCAGGUCUCGUCUGAGGAAGGAGAGCCAGGACCAGCCGGAGCGCACGGCAGAAGCAAAGGGGAGUGAUGAGCCAAGAAGCGUGGCCACUGCCGACGAAGAGAAGUCUUACAGUCCCAUCUCCGACCAAACCGACGUCCUCCAUAAAGACACACCCUGCUCCUCGUCCUCGUCCUCGUCCUCCGUCUCCUCCUCCUCUUCCUCCUCCCUCCAGCGCCAGGACUCUGGCCCCCGCGGCAUCCGGGGCAUCCUGAAGAAGAGCCGCUCCACCAGCCUGGAGUCUGACCUCGGUGACGCCACUGUCGCCACCGCAGUAACCACGGCAACCGCCUCCGCGGCCCCCGUCGCCGGGCUGACCCGGCAGACCAGCAUCACCCUCAGUCACCCUGAGAGUGACCAUGAGGAGGAGGAGGAGGAGGAGGAGCAGGAGGAGGAGCAGGAGCAGGAGCAGGAGGAGGAGGAGGAGGAGGUGGAGGAGGUGGAGGAGGAGGAGGUGGAGGAGGAUGAGGAGGAGGUGGAGGAGGAUGAGGAGGAGGUGGAGCAGGAGGAUGUGGAGGAGGAGGUUGAGACAUUGAACGAGGAAGGCAUUGAUCAAGGAAGUGGUGGCAGUGUUAGGGUGGAGGAGGAGGAGAGCAGCUACAGUGGAGGGAGUCUAGAGGAGGAGGAGGAGGAGGAGGUGGGGAGCGCCUCUCUGGACGAGAGCUUCGAGGAGAAGACGCCGUCUGCGUCGGAGGACGGCGAGGAGCUGGACAGCAGCCUUGACGGGAGUCGGGGGUCCGCGCUGAAGCAGAGGCUGGCCGAGUUCAGCGGGGGGGUGGAGGACCAGCGUGGGGGCCGACUGAGGAAGACCCAGUCCCCGGAGGUCCAGAAGUCCCUGGCCGCCCGCUUCAACCAGCUCAACGACGCAGAGAACGCCUGGAGGAAGAAGAAGUCGAGUGCGGACGUGGAGACCAAGGUGUCCCUGGCGGACCGGAUGAAGGUCCUGCAGGAGAAGGAGGAGCAGUGGAAGAGCCGCGGGAAGGGCGCCGCCAACGACUCGCGGCAGUUCACCGUGGCCGGACGCAUGGCCAAGAAAGGGCUAGUGUCCAAGGACGACUCUCCACGCAUCCAGCCAAAGAAGGCCACUGCAACCCCAGUCAAGCCACAAGAAGACAUCUCCACCAGAACCGGUGCCAAGGUAGAGGGGGAUAAACGCCUGGAUAAGCUGGAAUCCUUCUUGGACAAACUCCACAAUAAAGGCGGGGGUCACGGCAAGGCGUCCACCAUCGAGGUCACGGCGGAGGCGGAGAAGGAGGUCAUGACCCUGGACGACGAGGAGACCUUUGGCCGUUUCUACAAGGCGGCCUCCUCGCUGGACUCCGGCGUGGCCGUGGCCGACAUCGACCUCAGCCUGAUCCAGAGCGACGCGCCCAUACUGACCUCGGCCACGGCGGAGCACCGGCGGGCGAUGCGUCCGGCGCGGCGCACCAAGGGCUCCAGGAACCCCCUGCGGGCGCUGGCGGCCCGGGCCGACCUCCGACAGGGCUACACGGAGCAGAGGCUCAACGUGGCCUCGGUGGAGACCCGCAGGAUCCAGGUGGAGAGAAUGUCCAAGCACUCCAACCUGGCCGACGCGGCGCUGGCCGGCCUGGCCAGCAAGGAGAACUUCCGCAAGGUCAGCCUGCGCAGCGUCAAGUCCACCGAGGUGGUCACCAACAACAGCACCCUGCCCUUCCACAAGCUCAUGCUGAUCCGCAUCAAGGGCCGGAGACACGUGCAGGUGCGUCUGGUGGAGCCUGUGGCCAGCUCCCUGAACAGCGGCGACUGCUUCCUCCUCCUCACGGCCAAACACUGCUUCAUGUGGAGCGGGGAGUUCGCCAACGUCAUCGAGAAGGCCAAGACAUCGGAGAUGGCCUCCUUCGUCCAGGCCAAGAGGGACCUGGGCUGCAAGGCCCCCCAGGUGACCACGCUAGAGGAGGGCAUCAACACAGACAGCCGCACCGCCAAGGAGUUCUGGAGCCUGCUCGGGGGCAAGACCAAGUACAGAGGUGCAGGGGAGCCCGAGGAAGAUGAGGACUAUGAGAGCGGGGUCCUGGACUCUAACGGGGUCUACCGUCUCCACGGCGACAAGCUGGUACCCGACCAAGAUGCCUGGGCCUCCAUCCCUAGUGUCACCCUGCUGGACUCCAAAGAGGUGCUGGUGUUUGACUUCGGCAGCGAGGUGUACGUGUGGACCGGCAAGGACGUCCCGCUGGGCGAGCGCAAGGUGGCGGUGAAGCUGGGCAAGCAGCUGCACGCCGGCGCCUACGACUACACCACCUGCCGGGUCAACCCGCUGGACUCCUGCUCCCUCAACACCGACGUGGCUCUGCAGGGUAAGGGCCGCCCCAGCUGGUCUCUGUUCGGCCGGCUGUCGGAGCACAACGAGACAGCCCUGUUCAGGGAGAAGUUCCUGGACUGGGCCGAGCGGAAGAAGGAGGAGCCGGCCGCCGCCGAGGAGGUCAAGAGCCCAGUGGGUGGCGGCGGGCCCCGCUCGCCCCUGGAGCUGCUGGAGCUCCAGCCGCUGGCCGCGGGCGCCCUGCUGGCCGGGGAGCCCGAGCCGCUGCGCUGCCCCCUGGAGGGCGUGGACGUGCGGCGCGGCCGCGGCAUGGUGCGCACGGAGGACGGCCGGCAGGCGGAGCUGGCCACGGUGGGCGUGGACGCCUGGCACAUCCGCGAGCACGGCGAGGAGGCGCUGGGCGGGGAGGGGGAGGUCCCGGGCCAGCUGCACGAGGGCGACGCCUACGUGAUCCGCUGGAGGUACUCGGUCACCACCGUCGUGGGGAAACGGCAGAAGCCAGGAGAGCUUAGCUCCGGGGCGGCGGGCCGCGAGAGGUCUGCGUGUUUCUUCUGGCAGGGCCGGCAGUCGAGUGUCAGCGAGAAGGGGACGUCUGCGCUGAUGACGGUGGAGCUGGGCAGCCACCGGGGGGCGCAGGUGUUGGUGAGCCAGGGGAAGGAGCCCCCCUGUUUCCUGCAGCUGUUCCAGGGAGGCCUGGUCAUCCACAGGGGCUCCAGAGAGGAGGCCGGCUGCCACACAGGUGCGUGGCGUCUGUUCUGCGUUCGGGGCGAGGCGGAGGUGGAGGCGUCCCUGGUGGAGGUGGACUGCCGCUGCGCCAGCCUCCGCUCCAGGGCCAGCCUGGUGCUGCUGGGGGCCCACAGGGGCCGGCUCUACCUGUGGCACGGCGGCAAGGCCCAGCCGGGGGCCCGACUGGUGGCCGGCAGGGCGGUGGAGGAGCUGAACCAGCGGUGUGCCAAAGAGCUGGGUCUGACCAGUGGCAAUAAGGUGGAGGUGGAGGAGGUGGAGGAAGGGGCGGAGCCUGCAGAGUUCUGGAAGGCCCUGGGCCGGCAGGACAAGAAAGCCUACGACUGCAUGCUCCAAGACCCCGGGAAGUACAACUACACGCCCCGCCUCUUCUGGCUGGACGCCAGCUCAGGCCUGUUCCGGGGGGAGGAGCAGCUCAGCCCCACGCGCGUCCCGGAGGGCGUCAUGGCCAUGCCCUUCCUGCAGGAGAACCUCUACUCCGCCCAGCAGCCAGCCCUCUUCCUCCUGGACAACCGCAUGGAGGUGUACCUGUGGCAGGGCCGGGAGCCCGACGACACCGCGCUGGCCGGCUCCGCCAAGAUGCGCUGGGACAGCCAAAGGAAGUGCGCCAUGGAAACUGUGCUGCAGUACUGCAAAGAGAAGAACCCAAGGCGCCCCCCGCUGGCCUACCUGGUCAUGGCAGGCUGUGAACCCCUCACCUUCACCAACAUAUUCCCCUAUUGGGAGAAAGACCCCUCCGUGGCUCCACCGGGGGAGGGUUCCAGGAGUAAGGUGGUGCUGGUGAAGGAGGUGCUCUCCAAGCUGAGUAAGGAGCAGUACUCCAUCGAGGAGCUGACCAGGAAGCCCCUCCCCGAGGGCGUGGACCCCCUCCGCCUGGAAGACUACCUCGCCGACCACGACUUCAAAGUGCUUCUAGAGAUGAGUCGGGUGGAGUUCAACGCCUUGCCCAGCUGGAAGCAGAGGAACCUGAAGAAGAACAAGGACCUGUUUUAAAAAGCUUCACAACUGAAACAACGUUACCCUUAUAUAUUUUUUGUAUUCCGUGGAAUGAUUUCAAACUCUCAUGUGAAACAAGCAAUGAGAUAAAAAAACGGAAUAAUGUAUAUUUGUGUUCAAAUGUUUUUUUUAUUUUAUUUGCAUUUUUAAUUUUUUUAAGGUUGCAAUGAAACGGUUGCAUGCAAUUUGAUCGUUAAUGGCAAAGUCCACCCUCCCUCCCGAUACAGAAAUCUAUAGAAAUAUAACCACACACAUACACGGAUACACACAAACACACACUAUAAAUAUGUAAUAUACAAUGUUUUGUCUUGUGCCAAUGUUAACCUUUCAAUGUUUCAAUAUGUGGGUGAAUGUACGAAAUGAGCCCGUUGUUUAAAUUAUAUAUGCCAAACCUUUUAAGGGACUAUCCAGCUCCAGAAAUGUACCUUAUCCCCCUAGCAUCCAUCUUUGAUCUGGGUGGGGAAUCCCAAUGCCGAAGUUAACAUCCAAGAUGUAACCUGGAGGGCUGCUGGGUGAAUAAGGUCCAUGCACGGCCCAAUGCAGACAUAAUUGUAUAAUAUUCAUAUAUUGCAAAUCAGAAUGAAGUGUAAAUCCCUGACAGUAAGGUGACAUGAACUAUUUCACCGCAAAGCAAGUGUUUGAUAACGACUGCCUUUUUUUAUGUUGAAGUUAGCCAAUAACAAGUCAGCACCAAGCUAAAACAAUGCUAUUUGAGAAUAGUGUCAACUUGGAUUUCUAACCGAAUCCUUUCACCACUGUUACGUUUACGUUUAAGUCCCUGAAGUAAUAAUUAAGCCAACAGUCGGGAACCUAACUCUCAGACAAUGGGAAAGAAACCCCAGUAGUGAAUAGGCCUUUUAUGGUAAGUUUUCUUUGGUUCAAAUGAUUAGUAGGCUACACCUUGAAUACAAACCUUCACUAACUAGUAUUCGCAGAGGGCAGAAAGCUCUACAUCUUAUCCCCUAACUGCAAUUAAAACAACCUAUUUUAAUUACUUUUACUGAGAGGAUGUCUGAAGUUUGUAGUUUGAUCGCCAUUGCAACUCAUUGUCUUUGUGUUUGAGAGAGACAAAGAGAAAUCGUGUGCCAUAAACUGCUUAUAUAACAUCUUUAGUGCUCAAACUCUUUGUAGGGAAAUGCAUAUUCUAACAAUAUAAAAUAUAUUGUAAAUGGCAA